GUGUCCUCUGUCGGUCCUGCUUAUCGCUGCAGCAUUCUUUGCAUCGCUAGCGCAUAUAAAGAGCAAGAUGCGAAACGUCGGAGUCGGCGAUUCAUCACCGACGGCCAUUGUAAAGCAAUGAACCUCGGUCUCUUUCGCAACCAAACUCUGCCUUCCGUGACGGAUCCCUUGCCGGAGACGUUGCAUAAGGGUCUCUAGAGUCGUUAAGAAGCCGCUCUGAAUCAUGGGGAACAUUUUUGGGAAUCUGUUGAAGAGCCUCAUAGGAAAGAAGGAGAUGAGGAUCCUGAUGGUGGGCCUUGACGCAGCAGGAAAAACUACAAUCCUCUACAAGCUCAAACUGGGGGAAAUAGUUACCACAAUCCCAACCAUUGGCUUCAAUGUGGAGACAGUGGAGUACAAGAACAUCAGCUUCACUGUGUGGGAUGUGGGUGGGCAGGAUAAGAUCCGUCCCCUCUGGAGACACUACUUUCAAAACACACAGGGUUUAAUCUUUGUGGUAGACAGCAAUGACAGAGAGCGUGUCAACGAAGCGCGAGAAGAGCUGAUGAGAAUGCUGGCUGAGGAUGAGCUGAGAGAUGCCGUGCUCCUCGUGUUUGCCAAUAAACAGGACUUGCCUAACGCCAUGAAUGCCGCCGAGAUCACAGACAAAUUAGGAUUACACUCCCUGCGCCACCGUAACUGGUAUAUCCAGGCCACCUGUGCCACGAGCGGCGACGGCCUCUACGAGGGCCUCGAUUGGCUGGCCAAUCAACUCAAGAACAAGAAGUAGGAAGACUGGAAACAUCCGGCAGACACAACCAUCUGACUUUAUUUUGUUUCAUUUGGGACUGAGGAUGCGGGAUGGAAGAAUUCCAGGGAGAUUUUCGGCUUUCAUUUUCCUUCCAUCAUUAUCCGAGUUCCGUUUCGACCACGCAAACCAUAAAACAAUCACUCUGAUGUGCUUCUCUUGUGCCCACCUCUUGUCUUUAGGUGCCGUGUACGAUGUUUUUUGGGUCACAUGAUUCCACAGCAGCAAGACUGACUCGUGUGUGUUUUCUUGCAAUGGCGUAUGAUCAGCCUGCCUGUGAACUAAAACCAUGUGUGACAACAGCAACCACUAUUGAAAGCUUUUGAGCAUUUUAUUCAGUAUCCUUGAUAUCCAAUCUAAGGUCUACAUACUAGUACUAUGGAUCAUCGAUUCUUUUUCCCUCACCUCUGGGCAAUCACACCCCUAUUUUAAACACUAUGAGACCAGCGACAAUAAGAACUGAAAACUUGGUUUGGCUCUGGGGUCAGCCACCUUUCACAUUCAAAGAGAAAAUUCGGCCCAGGAUCCACGGUAAAGAACACUGGGAGCUGUAAUCAUAAAUUGAUAUCUGAAAUGAUUGAGUCAGCUGGACUUUGUGUAUUUAAAUACAUACAUAAACUGGUGUUUAUUUAUAUACAUACAUAAACGGGUUCAUAUUGUACUUAAAAAAAGGAGUCUAGGCUCCUUUUAAUUAGCAGAUUAAGUGCUAACGUUUUACACUAGUUUACAAAACACUAAUCUAGGCCAUAAAUUCACCAACCAAAGUAAAGGUUGCUGCUUGGAAGGUGUACCUACAAGUCUGGGUCUGUGAAUGGCGCAAAUAUUUGUGGCUACACCUUGCAAGUAUCAACCGUGACUUUACAUAGUUGGUAAAUUUAGCGCCUGCAUGAGUAUUUUGUAAAUAAGUAUAGCAACCUUGACUUUACAUAGUUGGUACAUUCAGGACCUGUGUGAGUGUUCUGAUGACAAACACACAUGACAGUGAGCCUGCCAUGAUCUGCCUAAUAAAAAAAAAAAAGUUGAACAAAUUUGUUAAAUCUCACAAGCGCUAGUGUAAAUUUUAGGGCUGUCAAACGAUUAAAAUUUUUAAUCGAGUUCAUUACAGCUUAAAAAUUAAUCGUAAUUAAUCGCAAUUCAAACCAUCUACUAUAAAAUACGCCAUAUUUUUCUGUAAAUUAUUGUUGGAAUGGAAAGAUAAGACACAAGAUGGAUAUAUACAUUCAACAUUUGGUACAUAAGGACUAUUUGUUUAUUAUAACAAUAAAUCAACAAGAUGGCAUUAACAUUAUUAACAUUCUGUUAAAGCGAUCCAUGGAUAGAGAGACUUGUAGUUCUUAAAAGAAAAAUGUUCAAUCAAUCAAUCAAUCGAUCAAAUUUAUUUAUAUAGCCCUUUACAAAAACCCGAAAGGCCCUCAAAGUGCUUUACAACAAAACAUGGCUCAAGAUAAAUAAAAGGCAGGAAAAUAUUAUACAAUGACAUUUAAAAAAUAAAGUAAAACAAAGAGCGCAUCACAAUAAAAGUCCAGCAAGUAAAACAAUAAAAACGAUAAAAUCGAAAAACAUUAAAAAAAAGUCCUUAAGCUAAUAAAACCAGGCUAUCCUAAUCUUUGUAAAAGGCGAGUCUAAAAAGGUGCGUUUUUAGCCGAGACUUAAAAAGACCUACAUCCGUGGUGGUGCGGAUUUCGGAGGGAAGGCUGUUCCACAGCCUGGGGGCAGCAACCGCAAAGGAUCGGUCUCCCCACUGUUUAAGUUUUGACCUCGGAACAUCUAAAAAAAGCUGGCCGGUCGAGCGAAGAGUUCUGCCAGAGUUACGAAAAGUUAAAAUUUCCGAUUCCGAUAGAAUGUUAGUACAAGUUAUAGAAAUUUUAUAUUAAAACCCCUCUUAAUGUUUUCGUUUUAAUAAAAUUUGUAAAAUUUUCAAUCAACAAAUAAACUAGUAGCCCGCCAUUGUUGAUGUCAAUAAUUACUUACACAAUGCUCAUGGGUGCUGAAGCCUAUAAAAUCAGUCGCACCCAAGCGCCAGCAGAGGGCGGCAUAACUCCAUAAAACACAAUUAACAAGUGAGAUUUUCACUGUACCGUCAUUUAGAUGUGUCUGAGCUGGGCAUCUGCGUUAAUUGCGUCAAAUAUUUUAACGUGAUUAAAUAAGAAAAUAAACGCCCGUUAACGCGAUAAUUUUGACAGCCCUAAUAAAUUGUAAUCAAAUUUUCCUUAUUUUAAUAUGAAACUCAGCCGCAUCAGUUCAAAGAGCCGCAGGUUGCUGACCCCUGGCAUCGUUAAAAAGAAAUAUUUGAUGAAAAAUGAACAUUUUACUUACUGUUAUACAACUCAUUUGCGUACUGUUAUAACCUAAAUCCGUUGAGCACCUUAAUAGGAGGACAACAUUUGCACUCUAGUAAUACAUAUGCAUAUCAAUAGUACGAGAAACCUGUGCGCUAGUAAAAACUGUGUUACCACUCCUACUGGUGACCCAAUAUGUCACAUGUAAUGCACUUAUUGCAAGCAAAUGUCAAUUUUAAUGUCAUUUGGCAGUGGAAAAACAUGCUAGUAACACAGUCAAAUAUUGUACUAGUAUAAAAUAUUACGGACAUGGAUUAAAUGCUCAAAUAGCGACCCCGUUCUGAGUUUUGUGUUGUGAUACGAGAUGAACACAUCCUCGUCACAUCAGGCCUUUUUUGGGCAGCAAAUUGUCAUUCUUAUGUCUGUUUGGUGGGAAAGGAAGCUUCUGUCAUUGCAACCUCAUGAAUAUGUUUACUGAAUGUGCAUUGAAUAUUAUGUGUGGCUGUAGAAAAAGCUGUUAAGUAUAUUUAUUUUACACAAAGUCAUUUAUUUAGGUGGUGUGUCAAUAUAGGGAAGAAAGCAGGGUGAAGCAGAGCAAAAUACGGGCACAAGCAAAUGACCGAUACCAGCAGGCUUGUAAUUGAUUUUUUUCCCCCCGUGCCGUACAUGACAACUAUUAUACUGUAAGUGUUUCUAUUCUAUUUUCAAUCAUGGGUUUAAUCAUUUGGGUUUUGUGGCCUUAUAGUUAGUGUUGGCUAAAAUUGAUUUUGAUCUUUUUUUUUUCUUUUAUGCUGUCGAAACACAGGUUUGUGCACUGUAGUUUGAGAUGAUUAGGCAAAGGUUUGUCCUGCUGUAGCUUGUGUUUUGCCUGUAUACUUGAUUCAUAUUUAGUGGUAGGUCUUCAUUGUAUGGGGGUAGUGGGGUGUUUAAAAAAAAAAAAAAAGACUUGUGACCACGUCUGUAAAGCCAAUGGGAAAAGAAAAGAAUCCUGGUAUUCAUUCUGUACUGUCCUAGUUACACACAAAUGACCACAUUGCAGUGCUACGUGCAUCUGUAUGUUAUGAUCACUUCCUGCUGUAUCACAAAUAAACCCAUUUUCUGUAGGACCA